GUUAUGAACCUUAAAUAGCAAUUUUCAAACCAUAAAAAACAUUUCACUCACAAAUUAGGGUCAGAUUGAAAUACCUAUUGGGCCUUCCUCAAUAAGCCCAACAUAAGAUCCACCACGUAGCCAAUGAAGACUUUUUGACUUUUUCAUUCUUUGUUUUAUUAAUUAGGGAAAAUUAGAUAAAAAAUUCUUAUUAAAAUUUUAAUUAAUUCAAAUUAAGCUAUACAUUUUCCAAUACAUUCUUUUUAUUUUAUUUUUUACUUUUUAGCUAAAGUAGUUGGCAAAAGGUUUAGAUGGAGUUAGGCUAGAAAACAAUCUUAAUUACAUUCACCAAGACCUUAAUUUCUCAACAGAAAGUUAAUCACAAACAAGUUUAAUAUAGUAAGUAACAAUUAAUCACAACUUAAUCAUCAUCAUAAUCAACUACAAAAUUAAACAUACAUACAUGGGUACAUCAUCAAGAAAUCCUUUGAUAAUUCUCCAUGUUUAUAUCCUAUGUUUUGUUCUAAUAUUACAUCAUGUUAACACCAUUACAACAAACAACCAUAAUAAUCUAGUAUAUACUCAAUGUCCAAACCACCCUUCACCAAAUAUCGACCCUUCUCGUUCGUCGCUAAUUUCGUCGCUAUUUCAAGAAUUCAUCAAUCAGUCGACACAAUCAAGAUUCUUCGAAACCAUCGUUGCUGAUGAACAAACCGCAAUCUCGGGCACGUUUCAGUGCCGUUAUAAUUUGAGCCCGAACGAAUGCAGAAGCUGUGUUAGCAAAUUCCCUAUAAUUAUAUCGAAAAAUAUUUGUGGAAAAAAUAAUAAUAAUUUACCAUCAAGAAUCCAACUUUUCGGGUGUUACGCUCAUUACCAGGAGGAAAACGGGCUCGAGACAAAUUCCAGGCCCAAUCAACUUCUUCACCGGGCCUGUAGUAAACGUAAAAUCAAGAAACAUGGAUUUGAAGAGAUGAAAUAUGCAGCUUUUUCGGGUUUGGAAAAUGGUGUUAUGACUAGUGGGAGUGGAUUUUUCGAGACGAAUUACGAGUCGAUCCAUGUUUUGGCUCAGUGUGCAGGGAGUUUACGGGCUUGUGAUUGUGGCGAAUGCGUUGAUAGUGCUGUGAAGAUUGCGUACGAGGAUGAAUGUAGAUACUCGAUUUCUGGAGAAAUUUAUUUGGAAGGCUGCUUUGUUAGUUACGAUUAUACGAGUGAUCAUGGAUUUGAUGGCUACUCAGAUGAAGGUAUGUCGAAAUAAAAGCACAUUUCUAGUUUUGUUAUUACUAACUAUUGUACGAAACUGUUAAUGUUUUAUCUUUCUUUAAAAUUUUCAGACAAAGGGAUUAGAGACGGUUCGCCGAAAUUGGUAGCCAUUGUUGUCGGUGGGUUAGCUGUUGUAUCACUCGGACUUGCACUCUGUUAUUGUACGAAGUCAUGUGGGAAGAAAAGGGAUGGUAAGUAUAUUUUUUAUUGGUACAUAUAUUUGCCAAAAUUUUUAUAUACGAAAAAUGAUUUUCUGUUACGAAUUUAUGCUACACCUAGUGAAGUGUACACCUCGUAAAUAUGAAUCAAUAACACGUAUAUAUAUGAUAUUUAUAUGUUUUGUGCAGAUUGGUGAGGGAAGAUGAUUACCUUCUCUGUAACUGCUGGUUGCUUUCUCUAUCUCUCUCUCCUCCCAGCUAAUUUUCCUGUAGGAUUAAAUGAAUAAAAUCAAGACUACUUCAUGUG